ACCAAACCAGAUCAAACCUUGACAGAACGAUGGCUGUGCGCACGCGCCACGAAAAGAACAAUGAAACAAGAAGAAGAGAAGAAGAAGACAUGUUGUCCUUGAUGGUGGCUGCGUGCACCUUCUGCUCCGGGGCCUUUGCAGCCGUCGUAGCCUUCGUUCCGGCUGAGCAUCUGGACUUGGACGAGCAGUGGCUUCUCAGUCCGGAAAACAUCUCGGUUCCCGACUUCCGGCUGCGUGCCCUGCGUCCAGUGAGCGCCGACGGCCGCCCCCUGCUCUUCAGCUGCUCCGCGGCCACGGCGCUCGAUGAGCCGGCGGCCGCCAACAUCUCCUGGGACGUGCCCACGGCCAGCGAGAGCGGCGUGGUCUCUGUGGACUCGCGAACGGGUCUCUUCGGAGCCGUGGUGGUCGUGGACUCGCUGCUCGCCAUCGAGGCACCGCUGAGGGUUCGCACCGCAGACGUCGCCUGCAGGAUCACUCUGCCCGAUGGACGGCAGGUAGCGCUCAAGGAACGGGUGGUGACGGCGCAGACGUCCCUGGCGGCGGGCACCGUGGACCACUUGCGGCUGACGGCAUACGGCGAGAUGGGGCGCGAGUGCGGCCGCGAGCGCUGCAAGAGUCACGGGGCAGUCUGCGAGUCUUCCCCUCUCGGACACUUGCUCUUGUGCGCCUGCCCGACCAACAUGUCCGUCUACGACCGCUUCUACGACGUCUGCCACCAGGGGCGAACCCUGCACGAGAAUUGCCUCUUCUCUGAGGCAUGCUCGUCAGCAGACCCUAAUUCUCGGUGCGUGAACGGCACGUGCAAGUGCUCCGAGGGCCUUCAGUCGGUGGGCCUGGGGCCCUGCCAACGGUGGGCCUCGUACGGCGAGCGUUGUGACCGCACCGUGGCCGGCUGCACGGGUCUGGGCGUUGUGUGCGGCCCCGACUCGGUGUGCGCCUGCGAACGGGGCCGCGUGCGCCUCAACGACUCGUGCGUCAUCCAACCGGAGCCGGAGAGCGACAGCGUCGCCCGGCUCACUGCGCGCCAGGUAGCCAUAAAGAUUAUAGACAAGACACACCUAGAUGAGGAGAACCUAAAGAAGAUAUUCAGGGAAGUCCAGAUCAUGAAGCUUUUACAUCAUCCCCAUAUCAUUAGGCUAUAUCAGGUAAUGGAAACCGAUAAAAUGAUCUACUUAGUCACAGAAUAUGCAGACAAAGGUGAAAUAUUUGACUACUUGGUGGCCACUGGUCCGAUGCCGGAGGACAUGGCCCGGCGGAAGUUCAAGCAAAUAGUGAGUGCUGUCCAUUACUGCCACAAGAGGCAUGUGGUACACAGAGACCUGAAAGCUGAAAACCUUCUGCUUGACAGUGAGAUGAACAUCAAGAUAGCAGACUUUGGCUUCAGCAAUCACUUUGAACCCGGCAAGAAGCUGUCAACAUGGUGUGGCAGUCCCCCCUAUGCAGCCCCUGAGCUUUUUGAGGGAAAACAAUAUGAUGGGCCCAAGGCGGACAUUUGGAGCAUGGGAGUAGUCCUGUAUGUUCUUGUGUGUGGUGCCCUUCCAUUUGAUGGCAAAACAUUGCAAAGUCUACGCACAAGCGUUCUCUCAGGAAAAUUUAGGGUACCUUACUUCAUGACGACAGAGUGUGAGCAGCUGAUCCGGCAGAUGCUGGUGGUGGACCCCGACAAGCGCUGGUCCAUUCGACAGGUGGUGCAGCAUCGGUGGAUGCGAAUGGGCACACCGUACCCCGAAUUUGAUCGUCUCAUGGAGAUGCCUGUAGCCACUCCCACCGUCCACGAGAAGCUCGACCCCAUAGUGUUGCAGCACCUGCUUCAGUUGCCAAAUGUCACACAGGAGCAGAUUGAACAGUCUGUCCUGGAGAAGAGGUUUGACCACUACAGUGCGAUCUACCACCUGCUUUGUGACAAGUUGCAAAACCAGCAGAAGCACGCCCUCUUGCCUCAGAACCUCCCGCUAACUGCACAACCACAAAGGAAGUCGAGCAUCACUACCGGCAUCGUUGAAAAGAACCCGCAGCCAGUUGACCCAGACUCGGAGCCACAGCAGCCACAACCGAACCUGGUCCCGAGCCCUGUGCUGACCGUCAGCCCCAUGCCAGAACUUCAGCCCAUGUUGAGUGGCGAUCAGUCACUUGAGAAGUUCGGGGAGAUCGAACUGGAGUCUGACAGCGAGGAGCUCUGGCCUGACCAGCAGGUACAGCCAGCAGUGUUCAGGCGGCACACUGUGGGGCCCGGGGAUCCCACCGAGGGGGAGUGUCCUCCUCCUCCCCCUGUGGGGGCCCUGCCUGUUAGUGCUCUGCCCCACACAAACCUGCCCCAGAACCUGCCCCGUGUCCAGCACCACCCGCCACACAACUUCUCCGUCAAGGACCAGCACCUGCUCAAGCCACCACCCGCCAUGGGAGCUUUUGUGGGCUUUGGCCGGCGUGCCUCAGAUGGUGGUGCCAACAUCCAAAUGUUCUUCCAACGUCAUUUGUGUCAAGGCCAGUACAGCCACCCAUCGAGCAAGGAGCUGCUCUCACCUAAAUUGUCUUCUGUGAGUCCUGCCGUGCCACCGUCUCUUCAUCCAAUUUCUGCACUUGGUGAUGAAUGCAAGGAGCUGGAAGAGCAGAUGGACAGCAAUGCCAUCUCAAGGUAUCUGCAGGCACGUGGCCAUGGCAAGAGGCAUACGGUUGCCAUGGGCAAUGCAGAAGAGGUGCAGGAUGCUCAGUGGAAGCCCCGGCAACGGAGGUCUGGCCUGUUGACCGUCAUGGAAAAGCAGCCAGUGCCAAGGAGAGCAAGCGAUGGCUGCCCCUCUGUGAGCCCCCACCGGACGCAGCUUGAGAGGAUCUACAAUCAAACCGUUGCGGAAAACAAGUGCAUAAUCAAGGCCCUUCAGCAGGAGUGUCAGCAGCUGCAGAGGCAUUGUUGUCCCAUGGAUGCCCAGCAGCAAGCCGAAAUACAACGGCGGCAUUCCCUGCAUGUCCAGCAGAUGGCACAUCUACAGCCGUCUCUGAUGGCUUCGUCAGUUUCAUCACCGCCUUCCAUUGCCGGGUCGCCCAUACACCAGAGUCCAUCACAUGGGGCAGGGCCGCCGAGCCCUGCAGCCACCCUCUCACAGCACUUGCAGCGGCUUCACCUGCAGCGUCAGGGCAGCCCCGUUGGCUUCUGCCCUGACCCAUUUGCCCCUGACCCGCUGGGUCCCGGCGGGUCGCCACCCUUGGACACCGGGGGCACGUCCCCAGGGGCAUCGCCCCCAUACCCAUGCGGCAGCGCAUCCCCACAGGGCGCACCCGGGGCCUCGCCGCCCCCUUUCUCAGACGCAGCCCACCCACGACUGCAGAGCCUUGUGGCUCAGCAGCUGGCGCGAAACAGCCCGCCGCCGGUGUUUCCUAAUCUGGGCAUGAUCCGCGAGGACUCCACCGAGAAUGGCGGCUUGGGCCCACUCCGGGUGCCCUGCCUGCGGCCAGAGAUUGUGGUCAGCCCUGCUGUGUUCGAGCCAUUCCCAGGUAGCAGCCGAGGCUUCCCACCACACAUCAGCGUGACAGACGAGCUGGGCAAGGAGGUUCUGACGUCGUCCUCAUCGUCCACCACAUCUCCCUCGUCGUGCUCGUCCGCGACAGCCUACUCAGAGGCCUCGCUGCUGCCCCUCGACCUUGCUUACUCACCUGUGCGUUGGCAGGCGACACCGCUGGAUGAAGUGCCCAUGGCAGCCUGGGCACUCCCACCAUCACCUCUGCAUGCGUGCUGUGGCGAAGCCCCUCUGCAGAAAAGCCCCAGUGGGUCUUUGUGCCUGUUGCUUGGUCGAGGCAUCUCACCUUGUCGGGGCACUGGCGGCGACCUGCUGCUAGACAUCCAGCGGCGCUUGGAUGCACAUGCCCCUGAGCUGCCACUUGUUCUACAACCGUCGGAGCGGGGGCUGGCACUCAAGCACCCAGCAGCUGGUGUUCAGAUAGAGCUGGAACUCUGUGACGGGCCGCACCCAGAUGAGUGUGGCCUUAAGAUGCGCCGCAUUUCAGGCGACAGUCUUCAGUACAGUGAGCUGUGCCAGCGGCUCGUGGCGUGCAUGAACAUGUGAUCUCCGGACAGCCCACCGCCGAUCUAGCGGCGCUGCCAGUGCCUCUGUGCGUGUCUGUGCUUGUCCGUGCCUGCCCUCCAACCCAGUGACUACCCAUGGCUGCAUCAGCACUGAACUGUUGAGACUGGGUGCUGGCCGUCUGGCUGACCACACGGGUCUGUCAUUUGUCGCGUCCUCGCUGGCCAACCUUUUUUUCCAUGGCCACCCUUUGGGAUCAUCGUUUCACUCAGAAGGGCUCCUUUUUGACAGUACUAAACCAGCCUAUCGAAAUGGCCCCUUACCUGAAGAUUGCAAUGUGAUGUCAGAAGGAUGCCGAAUAACCUUUCCUGUGUUUUGAUGAUGUGUGUAUGUGCUCAGGGGUACGUGUGUGUGUAUGAAUGCAAAUACAAAAGGAAGUACACUGGUGGUGUUUAUUAAGUUCAGUCUUUUGUUUUAGUGUCAAUUCAAAUGAAUUACGACUGGGACAAAAACCAUGAUGUCUAUUUUUUAUGCAUUUUUAUUUUUUGCUCUAAGGUAACAAAGCAGUAGGUUAUAACGUUCAAAGAUGGCUGUGAGGUUGGAGAGAGAAUGACUGUUAUUUAACAUCUUUCUUUUUGUUUUAUCUGAAAAUGUUUGUCUCCAGGCAGUACAACUUCUUUUUUCCUUUGUGAUACUGUAGAAGGCAGUGUGGGAAAGCCCACCAGAGCAGGAAAUGCAGUUAAGGAAGCAUGUAAAUGUUUGGUGUGAGUGACAGUGUGGGCAUAUGCAAUACAACAACCAUCACUGUUUGGCAAGGUAAAGGUCAUAAGGGCGUGGCAAGCACGUUUGCCAUAUGAGUAAGCUACGCUACGAUCGUUUAUUAACUUUUUUGUAUUAAUGCAGUGAAAUUGACAGUCACGAAGAAUAGGACUGGGACGUCUUAUGCUAGAACAGUAAUAGACGACUGUGUUUAGAUUUUCAUGUUUGCACUGUUUUCAGCAACCUCUAGCAACCUCUAUUACAGCGCUUAAGUAGGGAGUUCUUGAUGGCUCUCUAAAAUCUGGUGGCUUGGUUCUGCUUUCUCAAUGCUCCUGUGUGAGCUUUUCCUAUUUGUGCCUUGUAACUAAAUGUUAAGACCGAACCAUUCUGCAAGAUUGCCACCUGGUAUGGAACUUGUAAUUUGAGCAUGCAGUUUGCAUGUGGCUAAGGAAGAAAACCUGCUAAUUUGGCACUUAAUUGUGGAUGAGCAGAUUUGUAUAAAAUAUUUUGAAAUAAUUUCUGUCAUGAACACAGGCAAGUUCCAAAUACCAAAGCGAUCCCUUGAAGGUGGGUAUCAAAUAUAACUGCCUUUGAUCAACCUGUGUCUGUGAAAAUUCAUUGUGCACUGCUUGGAUAAUGAUGUUGUCAUUUUGUAAGAUGUGUUGGUAUAUGUUUUUGCAUCCAGAAGAGUAUCUCUUUGGAGUUAAUGAGGAUGUUUCAAUGACCAUGUCUCAGUGGAUGGUUUGCUUCGUAAUCAGCAUCAAGAGUUAUCUUCCAAACUCAGUUUUAUGAGUGGUGUGUGUGUGUGUGUGUGUGUGUGUGUGUGUGUGUGUGUGUGUGUGUGUGUGUGUGUGUGUGUGUGUGUGUGUGUGUGUGUGUGUGCGUGCGUGCGUGCAUGCGUGUGUGUGCGUGCGUGUGUGCGUGUGUGUGUUUGUUUGUGUGUGUGCGUGUGUGAUCAUUACUAAGUGGGAAGAUUACAUCUUGGUAAUCUGCAUGAAAUGAGUUUUAAGUUCAUUCAUCAUUAAAAAAAAUGGUGGCUGAGUGUAACAAAUGCAAGAACAAUGAUAGGAGAAAUGCAUGAACUCUCUAAACUUUUUUAUUUGCAAACUGAUGCAUUCAGCAUAUGGCUAAAGAAGCUCAUGUGUGCAAAGCAGAAUCAAAGGCAAGGAAAUUGAUGACUAGAUCUAGGCGUCCCAGCAAAGGAUGUACGUUAAACAAUCCAUCAUAGGUGCAAGUGAUAACAAUGACAUAUUAUUAAUAACCUAUGGACAUCCAUUACGAGGACAUGGAUAUCCUAGGGAUGUUUCGAAUACAUUCUGCGGACAUCCCUCACAGAACCUUUUGGCCUCACUUUCCGUGUCCUGCAGACAUCCUGUGCAUGUCCGCAAUAAACGUCAUGGGGACAUGCUGCAUACAUUUUGCGGACAUAUUCCAGGGCCUUUUACACGUUGUUCAAUUGCUAUAAUGCUUGUUAUGUUCGCAGCACACGUUGCAUGGCAGAUGCGUGCCCACACAUCAAGAACAGGUACAUUGCGUGAACAUGUUACACAUGCAUGCACGUGUGUGGUAGUGCAGUAUUACUCCUCGUUCUUGUAGGCCUUCCAAAAAGUGCAAGUGUCAUAUUGAACUAACUAAAGUUUUCAAAGCAAAUUAUGUCAGAAAAUUUGCAAUGGACAGUGUACACAUGAGCUGCAGGCAUGAUAGUUUCAGACUGUAAUUCAAACACACGAGAAAACAAUUUCGUUUUGAGGAAAUUCAGUAUUCAAGUGUAUGCUGAGAAAGGUCUGUGAGUGACAUCGUUGGGACAUCUUUGGUCAGAUAUCCAUAACUGGAUGUCUAGCAUAUGUCCCAUUUUGUCCAAACAGUUGGCGCGGACAUUAGGGCAUGAUUUGGAUGCCUUAUGGACGAAGUGUCCUUUCUUCACAGGGAUAGCGCUGCUUGUGGUUCGCUGACACUCAGGUCCCAUCUUUUCUGUCAAAAUUUGCCUCUUCUAAAGGGCAGGCAACUUUCAGAGCAUUUUAACUUGGGCACACUAGCUGGGCUGGGGUACUCACCAAAAGGAGGCGGGCACCCCCAGCCGAUCAGCAUGUCAGCAGCAGACCAAAGGGGCAUGUCCACUAAGUGGACAUUUACAGAAUACCAAUCCAGGCUUAUCCUCAAAUGAUGUCGUAAAUGCAUACCUGCCAACUCUCCAGAGUGUUCUAUAAGGUUAAUGAACUCGGGCUUGUUUUGCAAUUUUACGAAUGUUGCAUCCAGUUUUACAAAAAAUAAAUUCUGUCGGGAAAAAAUAUUUACUCAUUGGUCUUGGAAUCUUUCAUUGGAGUCUCCCGAUGGUGAUUUGACAUUAGAGGAUUCUUGCUUCUAGUGAGUUUAAACGGAACAAGUUCUAUAAGCAGGCGAAAGUGGCAGCAGCAGUGUCGAUGAAAAAGUCACUAUUAUUUAAAAACACUGUGUUGCUUCUCAGUCUUUGCUGUUUCUUACGUGCUGUAGCUAAAGGUGUCAGUAUCCUUAAUCAUUAGGUGAUAAGGUUCAUUAAUAAAAUGUGUAUGUAUCCCUCAAAAAGCAUACGCUCAGGGCAAGCAUUGAAGAAAUGCCUGCUAUCGCCCCUCCCCCCCUUUUUUUUCUUCAGUGUUGUAUUCACGGGAUAUUACAAAUAUUGAAGUUUGCAAGUUGGCAGGUAUGUAGAUAUUAAGUUGCAUUACAAAAUGUGUAAAGAAAUUGAUGUCUAUGUGCAUCUAGGCAUUACUUUAAACUUGUAAGUUCAUACACAUAUGUUGGGUACAUUGUCGCUAUGCCCACAAAAUAAACCUAGGGCGUACCUUCGUGUCCACAGCUUUCAGGCGAAGAGAAAAUAUCUUGAUUGCCGUCUUGUGUCAAUAGCAUUGAAUCAUUGGAUCAUGAUGUUUGAUAGCUGCCCUGCGUUGGAGUAAUGCUAAGCCAUGUGUUCUAAGAAAGUUGUCACAUGCGAAUUUUGUAGCUUUGGAUGAACUGCUUUCCUGCAUUAGGUGACAUGCUGUUUCUGAGUGGUUAUCUAAGUAAACUCAUAAAAAGCCAGCACUGCAGAAUUAUGCAGCAACAAAACGAAGCUGGGUGUUCUAAUUACAUGCGUGGUUGUAUGCAAAAAACAUAAAGUUAAUAUGGCAUUCAAAAAUAAUUUUCAGUGUUCAUUGAACAUCUGUAGACUUGUCUAUGGACAGGUGAAAUGAAUUGAAUAACGUGUAAAAGCACUGUGCGGCUUUUCACCGUAUCCUACUGGUAAGUUGCGUUAGCGAUAGCAUCACUGUGCAAUGAGUAGGUCAGAAAAACCGGAUAAAAGAUAUGAUUUUUUGGCGGCUUCAUCUAGCAGUAGUCAUCCUUGCCUGGUGCGAUGAGAGUUUCUAAUUUAGAAAGACAUUUGUUGCCAUGAAAACCUUGACCACACGUGAGGCGUAGAGACACUGCAGCACAGCAAAACCUUAUACGAAAUGUUUACUUUGUUGAAAGGCACGGACUGUGUUUAUCACUGAAUCGGCAAUAGUGCUUGCUGCUAAGUGGAUGCCAUUGUGUCAUUUUGGUCAUUGGGCCUACCGAAGGGUGCUUCAUCCUGUAGACGAAGCACGGCGCCACCUGAAGUGGUGCACAGGGGAGGGCACAAUGAUCUUCGGAACCGUACUGAAAAACCGAUGUGGUAAGUUUUUCCAUUGCCUAAAUUUAGUGCUAGAGUGGGCACAAUGAUUUCACCUUACCUGGGGUGACAAAAAUGGGUCGGAAGUGCUGGUGGGUCUGUUUCCUUUGCUAUUGCCAUUCUGAACAUGAAUGCUGACGCCUAUUUGUUGCAUGCAUUUAUCCAAAGAUAAACUAGUUGAGAGCACGCAUUUUGUCCUACUGCCUUUCGUGUACUUGUCUUGUUAGCUGCGCUAAUUUUGUGUGAUGUGUGCACCAACUAGCUGAACAACUGUUAUGCAGGUUUGACAGGAAGCACUUGAGCUUUUGUAGUAUUUGUGCAAGUGUUUGGUUAUGUGGCACCAUUUCAGCUAUGAAGGUACAUAUACAUUUAGUAAUGUUUAAUUUCUCAAUGUUGCUUAGUUGUGCCCAAAGCAACUGUGAAUAAUGGGGAUUUAACAUGUCUGCAUACACUGUGAUCUGCUCUGCAGCACUUGUUAUCGGUAUUUUGUGGUAUUCUGUCUUUAGAAGUGUGCACUGCUAGGAAUACCUGAUUCAGACUGUAAGCCAACUGUUUUUAUUUCUUUUUUUUUUCGCUCCUUUUUACCUCAACUAACAUUUGCAUCCUGCAGAAUCAGCAUGAAAUCAUUGAACAGAGUUUGUGAAGGCAACAGUGUUGCAGAGUGUCCUUUCCAGAUUCCUGCGCGUACAGCCGAACCUUUUUAUGAAAAAGCCGCAUUCAACACGAAAAUAUUUUCAUUACAAAUGCAUUAUUUGUCAUAAGGAAAAUUUUAAGAUUUACUUCAUCGUAUUCUAUAAUUCGCUAUAACCAUGUUCGUUAUAUUGAGCUUUCUCUGUAUAAUUUUCUACCCAAGAGACAGCGUGUAGCUACCUUGUAGUCAAUGCGUGUUGCCUGUGCAUAAGCUGUCAAUUUGUUGCUCUGUUCGUUUCGAGGGUACAUAUUGUCGAUGCAAACCAUUCCUGAACUCCCUGCUGCUCUUGUUGUGUAAAUAGACGAUGAUGAAGAAAAAGUGGAUGCUGCAUAGUCGCAAGGUUUGUAUAAAAUGGGAAGACCUUCUGGCAAGUUCUUGCAGGAAGUUUGUGUACAGUUGCUACUACCUGAUGUCAUUUUCUAGACAUACCACGCCUUUUGACCAAUCUUUCCUGUAGAUUGGCCGACCAAGGGACCCCUGUGUCGUUGGCCACCAUGUAUUUACUGACAAGAAACCCACGACUUCUUUUUUUCUUUAAUGCUGCAGGUAAACGUCCAGCUGAAACAAUGUGAAAUUUUGAAUCUGCUUUCCCUAUGUGUUUAACUAACUCUCAUGUGUCGCAGACUUGCAGCCAAUGCAGACUUGAGUUUACAGGGGACUUAAGAGAAGCUCAACUCAUGGUGACAGGCACUUCGAGGGUUGUUUACACAGCAACUCUGCGCCAAUGUUUUAACCAUGCAAUUUCUGUACAGCAUUGGUAAUAGUUGAGGUAGUUACCAUGGCUCCAGCUGUUUGCACGUAAAAGAUUUCAGUAUGCCACCAGCUGCAUUGUUGGGAGUUUUGUUCAUGUUCAAAUAAAAAAAAAUCUGCUUGGAUAAGUGCUCCACCUUGGCCCAAUGCCAGUGGGGAUAGGGAGUUCAAAGUCAUUGCAAUAAUGGGUGCCAUUAAAAGGAUCCAAUAAAAUAUUUAUUGAUAAGU